GCACUUGGACUGCACCGAGCGCUUUAAGAUAAAAAAGUCGAGAUUCGAUUGGAAGGGCGUCUCGCGUUAUAUAAAGAGUGGGUAUCGCUGCUCGAACUUUAUUUGAAUUUCUGCGUUAGCUGCCUUGACGAUGUUGGGCGCAAAACAAGUGGGCGUUCUGGCGCUGCUCGCCGCGCUCGCGAUCAAUUCUUCGCAUCAGCAAGGAUGCGAGCCUUCCAUUACGCGAACGAACAAGGGUGGCACCGUCUGCAAAGGAGCGCUCGUUUUCAGCGAUGAGUUUGAUACCCUCGACCUGGACACGUGGCAACACGAAAUUACCCUGGCUGGUGGAGGAAACUGGGAAUUCCAAAUGUACUACAACAACAGGUCCAACAGCUACGUCAAAGACAGCAAAUUGUUCAUUAAGCCGGGCUUGACUUCUGACCAGUACGGAGAGGCGUUCCUGUCCUCAGGUGUGCUCAAUCUGCACAACGGCAAUCCCGCCGACCAAUGCACCAACCCAGCGUUCUUUGGCUGCGAGCGGUCCGGCAACCCCAGCAACCUCCUCAACCCCAUCAAAUCAGCUAGGCUGCGCACGGCCAACUCUUUCACCUUCCAGUACGGACAGGUGGAGGUCCGAGCGAAAAUGCCCGCUGGAGACUGGCUCUGGCCAGCUGCGUGGUUGCUGCCGGCCAAGAACGCCUACGGCACGUGGCCCGCGUCCGGCGAAAUUGACAUCACCGAGUCCAGGGGCAACCUGAACCUGGUGCUGGACGGAAAGAACAUCGGCACCGAGAUGACAGGCGCCACUCUGCACUUUGGCCCCUACGUCGAGGCGAACGCGUACGAAACGGCGCACUUUGAGAAGAACACAGCGGCCGGACAGGGCUACGACAAGGAUUUCCACAACUUCCAGCUGGAGUGGACCCCUGACUUCAUUAGGUUCGGAGUCGACGGAGAAGAAAUCGGCAGAAUUGAUCCCGGCCCAGGCGGAUUCUGGGAGUACGGAGGAUUUGCUGCCAACUUGCCCGGAGUCGAGAAUCCCUGGAGGUUCGGCACAAAGAUGGCUCCCUUUGACCAGCAGUUCUUCAUCGUGCUGAACGUUGCCACAGGCGGCGUCGCGUAUUUCCCAGACACAGCCCAGAACCCAGGUGGAAAGCCUUGGGUGAACACCUCGCCCACGGCGGCGGCCGACUUCUGGAACGGACGCGGCCAGUGGUUGCCCACCUGGAACCUGGAUGUGAACGACGCAGAGUCUGCUGCCAUGCAGAUCGAUUACGUCAAAGUCUGGGCGCUGUGAGAGAGAAACACCCGCACAUAUACACACACAGCACUCUAACACACACUUCCGCCAGCGGAAGACUGUAAAGCUCGUCUAACAAUAAUAAAUAUUCCAUUCAUAAGCUG